AUGGCGUCGCAGUACUACCAAGAGAUGCAGGAGAGCUUCAGAAAUAACAACAAAAGUCGUGAAUUCCCGGCUCACACAGCUAAAGUUCACUCGGUGGCGUGGAGCUGCGAUGGCAGGAGACUCGCCUCCGGAUCUUUCGAUAAAACAGCCAGUGUUUUCAUCCUGGAGAAGGACCGAUUGGUGAAGGAAAACAACUACAGAGGUCAUGGCGACAGCGUGGAUCAGCUCUGCUGGCAUCCGACCAACCCCGAUCUGUUCGUCACUGCGUCCGGUGACAAGACCAUUCGCAUCUGGGACGUCCGCACCACCAAAUGCAUCGCCACUGUCAAUACGAAAGGUGAGAACAUUAACAUCUGCUGGAGCCCCGACGGUCAGACCAUCGCCGUCGGAAACAAAGACGACGUGGUGACUUUCAUCGAUGCCAAGACUCAUCGCUCCAAAGCAGAAGAGCAGUUCAAGUUCGAGGUGAACGAGAUCUCCUGGAACAACGACAACGACAUGUUCUUCCUCACAAACGGAAACGGCUGCAUCAAUAUUCUCAGUUAUCCAGAGCUGAAACCCAUCCAGUCCAUCAACGCUCACCCAUCUAACUGCAUCUGCAUCAAGUUCGACCCUAUGGGAAAAUACUUUGCCACGGGAAGCGCCGAUGCUCUGGUCAGCCUGUGGGAUGUGGACGAGCUGGUUUGUGUGCGCUGUUUCUCCAGGUUGGACUGGCCGGUGAGAACACUCAGCUUCAGCCAUGAUGGGAAGAUGUUGGCGUCGGCCUCCGAGGAUCACUUCAUAGACAUUGCAGAGGUGGAAACAGGAGAGAAGCUGUGGGAGGUUCAGUGUGAUUCUCCAACCUUCACCGUCGCCUGGCAUCCCAAGAGGCCGCUGCUGGCCUACGCCUGCGACGACAAGGAGGGCAAAUACGACAACAACCGAGAGGCAGGCACCGUGAAACUAUUCGGCCUUCCCAACGACUCCUGAGACGGAUCAGCUGAGUUUAAGUCUUACUGUACAGAGGACGCAUCAUGAGGAAACAGAGGAUGCUGCAAUUUGUCUGCAUGUCCAAAAAAAGCAGUUACUUUUACUGCCACCAGAUGGCGCUGCUGCUCCAUGUGAUGUUACUUCCAUGUCCUAUAAAACAGCUGACUAAAUUCCCUGUUUUUAUACACUGAUAAAAACAUGAUUCCAGUGCUGUAAUAUAUUGUUUUGUAUGUAAAAUAUGCAUUCUUUUGAUAUUAAAAAGUGU